AUGCUGUCCUUCAUGGACAAGAGUCGCUUGACGAUCCAGCAUGAGCCAGAGAUUCACUUCAUUCGGCCACUGACGGCAUCAGAGAUUGGCUCUUCUGCACCGAGGCAGGACUCUGUCUGCUCUGGUUCGCUCAUCUUGACGCUGUCCAAGGACAAGGAGUUGCCCGUGCCGACAGCGAUCAGCAGCAAAGGCAAGGAGCCCGGCAAGAUCACGGUCUCCAUCGUCGGACAGGCAGACGUCGCCUUUGGAGAGUUGCCGUACGAGAGUGCGACGAUCUAUGACAACAGUGUGACCUUGUCUGCCAUCGAUGCUACACAGGCCAACGCGCGCGGUGCCGUCGUGCUCAGGCAGGGCGAUCACACCUUUGACUGGUCUUUUAUCAUUCAAAGCAGUAUCGCGCCUUACGAAAGGAGCCGGUACGGCAGGAUCACCUAUUGGAUCAAAGCAGUCGCAUGCGGCAUGGGCCCGCUGGGCUCAGACUUGACCGCCACCAGACGACUCGCCUUCAUAGCCAGUCCAGGGGGAAGUCUGGCACAAGACGCCGAGCAAGGCCUGUCCAGCUCUGCCAUGCAACUCUCGGAUCUCGCGCUCUUUGUCGAUAUCAGAGAGCCAAACUGUGAGAUCGGCUCCCUGCACUUCAACUUGCUCUCCAAGCAGUUCACCGUCAGCGGCCUGGCUCUCUUCAACCUUGCCGUCAGUAUGCCGCCUCAAGAGAUCGAUGUCGCUUCAGUGACGCUCAGCAUGACUCAGCGGUACGAGCUGACAAGCCCAAGAAGAUUCGCUGUCAAGGAUCCCGUACCGGCCAGUAAGGCGACCGUCAAGGUACCGCCACCCCACAGACGUACCGUCGUCAAGCUGGACGGUCAUUCAGAAUAUGCAGCCGGCAGCAAUCUGCUAGAGGCGCACGAGCUUUUGCCAGAUACGACGUUGAGCGAAGAAGAUGCCCAAGCAGAGCUCGAGGAGCAGCAUCGAGGUAGACAUGCAUCGACCCACGGUCACCAUUCGUCUGGCAUGCCCGCUGCGACCAUCACCCGGUCAGGUCCCCUCAGCGCAUCGCCCUCGCCGUCGACGACACCUCGGGGCCAAUCGCCCUCGCGAGGCGGCUUCCGGUCCACAAGUCGCAAGCCGAGCAAAGCAGCGAGCGGGUCUGACAAGCCGCUCAAGUCGUUCAAGAGGCUCAGGGUAGGCGAGCGGCUCACAACGUCCUGGCUUGCUCGGGUGCCCAACGACGAUGUCUUGCGGCCGAGCACUCAUCCGGGAUCGAUCACGCCCAUCAGAGUGUCGCACGAGCUAGCUCUCGAGAUCAGGUACUCGCUACCCGACGAUCCCAAGACACGGAUCCUGACGAUCAAGAAGCCGGUCUUACUGGCUUCUUGCUGCUGCUCGGACGAGAACCUGAAGCUGCCUUCGUACGAAGAAGUGGCAGGUCCGGCGAGCGAAUACACAUCACCCGACACGCAUCCUAUGGCAGACACGAGGCACGAUUGCCAAUGCAGGCUCACGUUUGAACAGCUUUUACAGGAGCAGAAGACCUGGCUGACCAGCGAGCUCGUCAGUCGUCGGUACGGUGCGCAAGCGCCAACUUCUGCCGCUCUGGAAGCGGCCUGGCAAGCAAAGUCCCGUCAGUAG